CAAUCAGAUGCGGUUGCGUACCAAAACAGAGUGAGCUGAUAUUAUUUUGCUUUUCCAGUUAUUGCUGCUACUGUUUCAACUAUGCUCUCCAACGCUGCUAAAUCCGUCAUCCAACGUGGACUGUUUAGGAACCUGUGAUUGCAUAACAAUAUAAAAUUAUUCCGACACGACUGAUCAUCUGCAGAUAAGACUUACCUAGUUUAACUGAGAAUCAAACAGCUGGUCGAAGGAAGGUCAAAUUGAUGUAAACAUGGGACUAUCCAAGUGGGUACAAAACUUACUCCGGAAAGGGUCCUGUUCCAACACGGAUUUGGUAUCGAAAUCAGUUGGUGAAAACUUGAAGAAAGUUGCCACUACUCAAACUAGCAAGAAUGGAUAUGCCACCGAAACGACUUUCGAGACAAAAGAAUUCAAACUUCACAAUCUAGAACAAGGUCCUGCUACAACGGUCACCGUAACCAAGGAGGAUGCUUUGAAAUACUACGGUCAAAUGUAUGCAAUUCGACGAAUGGAAACCGCUGCUGGAAAUCUUUAUAAAGAGAAGAUAAUUCGUGGUUUCUGUCAUCUUUACUCGGGACAGGAGGCAUGUGCCGUUGGUAUGCGUGCUGCUAUGCGCCCAGAGGAUUCGUGUAUUACAGCGUAUCGGUGUCACGGGUGGACCUACCUUAUGGGAGUUCCUAUUUCGGGAGUAUUGACUGAGCUAACGGGAAGGCAGAGUGGCAGUGCUCGCGGUAAAGGCGGUAGUAUGCAUAUGUAUGCUCCCAAUUUUUUCGGCGGAAAUGGUAUCGUCGGUGCACAAGUUCCGCUAGGAGUGGGAAUUGCAUUUGCCGCUAAAUAUAAUGACACAAAAGGUGUUUGUGUUGCAGCAUAUGGCGAUGGAGCUGCUAAUCAAGGACAGAUAUUUGAAGUAUACAAUAUGGCCAAACUGUGGAACUCACCAUGCAUUUUUGUUUGCGAGAACAACGGUUACGGCAUGGGAACGAGCGCUGAGCGUGCGUCUGCCAAUGUAAAUUAUUAUACACGAGGAGAUACAGUUCCCGGAAUUUGGGUUGACGGCAUGGAUGUAUUAGCUGUCCGGGAAGCGACUCGUUUCGCUAUCGAAUAUUGUAACAGCGGUAAAGGACCCAUUCUUUUGGAAAGUGCCACUUAUCGUUACUCUGGUCAUUCCAUGUCUGAUCCCGGAACGAGUUAUCGCUCCCGAGAUGAAAUCGCCGAAGUUCGUCAAACUCGGGACCCAAUCACGUCUAUGCGGGAGAAAAUUCUUAAUUCUCAGCUCGCAACACCGGAAGAACUGAAAGAAAUCGAAUCUAAAAUACGCGGAGAGGUGGAGUCCGCUACCAAGUUAGCCAAGGCAGACAAAGAGAUUUCCGUCGACGAAUUGUGUACCGACAUCUAUUGCAAACCAGAUAACACUACUGCUAUUCGAAACAUCUUCCCUCAUGCGGAGCUGGAACAUAAGCGUCUGGGAAAAGCUGUUAACAUUUGAGAUAUCAUAGCCUACACACACAACAGCAUGUAUUGCAAUGUUAACAUUUAAAAUCUCAUUACUGUGAAAUGGAAGUUUCGCUUUGAAAGCAUUGAACUCAAAAAUUAUUUAUUCAACAGUAAACUACAGCAACAAAAAACAUUCGAUUACAAAACGUGAACGGGUUCAUGAAACGGGCAUUUAAUUUUAAUUUGUUGUCUAGUCUAACCCCGCAAUUAAUUGGUUCUUUCAUAAAACGAUGAUAAUAAAAAAGCGAUUUCAAAAUAGGA